AUGGAUUCCUACUCAUUUUUGCUUUUCUUGUUUCUUUUGUCCAUUUGGAAGCACUUGUGUGCACAAAGCAGCAACAUUAAUUUCAGCAUCACCGAUUUUGGGGCUGUCCCGGACAGAAAAACCGACAGCAGCAAAGCUUUGGAGAGCGCUUGGCAGAAAGCUUGCCAGGUAGACGGAGGGAGUGUUUGGGUCCCGACGGGAACUUUCUUUGUGCGCAAGGCAGACUUGAAUGGUCCAUGCAACGGACAGACUCUUUUUGAGCACCGUGGGACAGUGAUAGCCUCGGACGAGCCGACGCUGGGCAGUAGAGACUCGUGGAUCGCAUUUACUUACGUGGACGACCUCACUCUUGUUGGUGACGGCACUUUUGACGGCAACGGAGCCGUCUCGUGGUCCCACUGCCAUGGCAUUAAUGUUGGGUGCAAGCAGAUACCCCCUUAUACUUUGAAGGUGAGUUAUGUUAGGAAUGCGUUGAUCGGGCACGGGUUACGGUUUGUGGACAGCAAGGGUUUCCACUUGUUCAUCUACGCAUCGGACAAGGUGCAUGUGGAGCAGGUGCACAUAUGGGCCCCUGGGGACAGCCCCAACACGGAUGGGGUCCACAUCGCCCUCUCCAACAACACGCGGAUAACGGACUCGAUUAUCGGGACGGGCGACGACUGCGUGUCGAUAGGGGACGGGUGCACGGGGGUGAAUGUGACGGGAGUGUGGUGCGGUCCCGGGCACGGGAUCAGCAUCGGGAGCCUGGGAAAAUACGAGGGGGAAGGGAACGUGGCCGAGGUUACCUUAAAGAACUGCACUUUCGACGGCACAGAAAACGGGGUGAGGAUCAAGACGUGGGCCCAGUCGCUGUCGUCGUCGGUGGUGUCGGGAGUGACGGUGGAGGAGAUUGUGGUGAAGGGGGCGAGUAACCCCAUCAUCAUCGACCAGUUCUACUGCCCGGGAGGGAAGUGCACCCCUGGAUGGGAGUCGAGCAUACAGAUCAAAGGUGUCAAAUUUGCGGGGGUGAAGGGGAUGUCGGCCACGGAGGCCUCCAUUAGCCUCAACUGCAGCAAGAGCCAUCCGUGUCAGGACAUUGAGUUCUUUGGGCUCAACCUCACCUAUGCGAAUGGGCAGCCAUCCGUUGCUUUGUGUGCGAAUGCGGACGGCAAGUUUGGAGGGUCUCAAGUCCCUUCUCGUUGUUCCACCUAG